AUGGCAGGACUUGUACCGUCUUUAAUAUUUGUGAAGCAGCACAAGCCUUUAUGCCAUGUUGGGCUAAAGGACACCACCAAGAAUUCUGUCCUCAAAAUAUUUGUCUUGUUUUCUUUUUCAGCACAAAUUGAAGUGAUACCAUGCAAAAUUUGUGGUGAUAAGUCCUCUGGAAUACACUAUGGAGUCAUCACAUGUGAAGGCUGCAAGGGAUUCUUUCGGAGGAGUCAGCAGAACAAUGCCUCCUACUCCUGCCCAAGGCAGAGAAACUGUUUAAUUGACAGAACCAACAGAAAUCGUUGCCAACACUGCCGACUGCAGAAAUGUCUUGCCCUGGGAAUGUCUCGAGAUGCUGUGAAGUUUGGAAGAAUGUCCAAAAAGCAGAGGGAUAGCUUGUACGCUGAAGUGCAGAAGCACCAGCAGCGACUGCAGGAGCAACGGCAGCAGCAGAGCGGUGAGGCAGAAGCCCUCGCCAGGGUUUACAGCAACAGCAUCAGCAAUGGCUUGAGCAACCUGAAUAACGAAACUGGCAGCACCUACUCCAAUGGGCAUGUCAUAGACCUGCCGAAGUCUGAGGGUUAUUAUAACGUGGAUUCUGCCCAGCCUUCCCCAGACCAGUCUGGGUUAGACAUGACUGGAAUCAAACAGAUAAAGCAGGAACCUCUCUAUGACCUCACCUCUGUACCAAACUUGUUUACCUAUAGCUCUUUCAACAAUGGGCAGUUAGCUCCGGGGAUAUCCAUGACUGAAAUAGAUCGAAUUGCACAGAAUAUCAUUAAGUCUCAUUUGGAGACAUGUCAAUAUACAAUGGAAGAACUACACCAGCUAGCGUGGCAGACCCACACAUAUGAAGAAAUUAAGGUUUACCAGAGCAAGACCAGAGAAGCUCUGUGGCAGCAGUGUGCCAUUCAGAUCACCCACGCUAUCCAGUACGUGGUGGAGUUUGCAAAGCGCAUAACAGGUUUCAUGGAGCUCUGCCAGAAUGACCAAAUUCUCCUCCUCAAGUCAGGCUGCUUGGAAGUGGUUUUAGUGAGAAUGUGCCGUGCCUUCAACCCACUCAACAAUACUGUUCUGUUUGAAGGAAAGUAUGGAGGGAUGCAAAUGUUUAAAGCCUUGGGUUCUGAUGAUCUGGUGAAUGAAGCGUUUGAUUUUGCAAAGAAUUUAUGUUCCUUACAGCUGACUGAGGAAGAGAUUGCCUUGUUUUCAUCUGCUGUUCUGAUAUCACCAGAUCGAGCCUGGUUAAUAGAGCCAAGGAAGGUCCAGAAGCUUCAGGAAAAGAUUUACUUUGCACUUCAACAUGUGAUCCAGAAGAACCACCUCGACGAUGAGACCUUGACAAAGUUAAUAGCCAAGAUACCAACCAUUACUGCACUUUGCAACUUGCACGGAGAGAAACUACAGGUAUUUAAACAAUCUCAUCCAGAUAUAGUGAACACACUGUUUCCUCCAUUAUACAAGGAGCUUUUCAAUCCAGACUCAACCACUGGCUGCAAGUGAAGGGGAUAAUAGGAUUUUCACGUAGUCAUGGAAUGCAUCACUAUAAAGACAAAAAGAAAUGUUUUCAUGAAGAACUUAUUAAAAAUGUCACUACUGCAACACUAGGAAUGUCUUGCACUUACUUAAUAGAAUUAUUUUUCACCGCUACAGUUUGAAGAAUGUAAAUAUGCAACUCUGAGUGGGGAUGUCUUUUUUCUCUUUUCUUUGUUUACUUUGGUUUUUUUUUAACUGACAAUGAAUAUACAAAUAUAGGACACUGGGUGUUAUUUUUUUUAAUUUUAUUUUAUUGAGGGAUGUUUUGGGAGAAAACUGUU